AUGGAAGUCGGCGCCGGAGUUGCUGGGCUAAUCUCGCUUUCGUUCACUGCUUUUCGUGGCUGUAUUCAAGCCUUUGAAUUCUUCAACACAGCUCAACAUAUUGGCGCGACUGGCGAUUUGUUCUCCUCGAAGCUGUUCUUCCAGCAGUAUCGAUUACUGCAAUGGGGGCUACGAGCAGGCUUAGACGAGGAUUCUAAACCAGACGAACGCUUGAACUGGACAUUGGCUCUUAGACUCUUAGGGCAGCUUGAGUCUUUCAUGACAUCGGCAGAGAAACUGAAGGCUAAAUACGGUUUCAACAUUGUGGAUGAGGGACUGCCAGAAUCGAAGAGGUUCGAUGCUUCAAACAGACGACGAACCGGAAUUGAAAAGAUCAUAGCUCGACUCAAACCAGAUAUCUAUACUGCCAAAGGGAAGAUUAUCCAGGGGAACAGUGGUACUUUUAAAAGACUGCAAUGGGCUGCUGGUGGCAGAGAUCAGGCCAAUCAAAUCAUUUCCGAGAUCGGAAAUCUUAUUGAUAGCCUUGAAAGUCUCCUCGACAUGCAAAAUCAGCAGCUCCGACGUAAAACCGAUGCCAUCCUACUACGCGACGUUAUCUCUCGAGCAACUACCAUGGAAGAGGUCGAUGAGAUUAAAGGAAUUCUUGAGCAAACCACGAGUGCAGAUGACCAAGCAAUACUGGCAGCAGCGAGCUUGAAGCACAUUCGGUUGGUCAUCGGUGCAGAUAGACGCAACGAUGAGGUACAAACUGCCCACUCUAAAAAGGUUACGGAGAGCUUGCCGAUCAUAACCAAACUAAAGCCAAGAAAGCUUGAGCCCUACACUCAUGGGACAACUUUGAGUUUUCAUGGCCUAGAAUUUGCGUUGUACGACGGUGGAGCAGUGCUAGUCGAAUGGAAGAUUGCCGACAGGGCGAUAUGGAGCGAAUUAUUGGACCAGGUCAGGUGUCUUGCAGUAUUACUCGCAAGUCCCGACGGCAGUAGGUCCCAAUCUCUUCACUGCAAAGGAUAUCUACCAUGGCAGGAACAAGACCGUUACGGGCUAGUGUAUGACAUCCCAAAUGCCUCACCCAAAGAUCUCCCGGGAUACUGGGGAAUCAAGUCGCUUUACGAGCUGAUAUUGGAAGAGGCUCAUGUGUCGCUCACCCGUCGCUUCGAGAUUGCCACAACGUUAGCAGAGACCAUACUACAAUUGCACACUGCCGGUUGGUUGCAUAAGAGCCUCCGGUCGCAGAACAUCAUUUUCAUCGCACCAAAGGGCUCUACUAUGGAAGAAUACCUACUGAGCCAACCACAUCUCGUUGGGUACGAGUAUGCUCGACCAGACACACCCAAUGCCGCCAAGUUCUCGCAAUUACCUGACACUGAGUUAAUUAUGGACCUUUACCGGCAUCCACAGGCUCGCGGGAUCUCUCGAGAAAGAUUCCAGAAGCGUUUCGAUAUAUAUGCUUUCGGUUGUGUGUUGAUAGAGCUCGCUCUUUGGACUCAUGUACUGGAUGUACACACCAAGUACCGCGGGUCUGAUCUGCGAAUGCUGAUUGCAGAGGCUAUGGAAGCCAAUCAAGCUAUGGAGCUACCCCAUUUCGAAUCAUCUGCCGCUCUUGACAAGGUUGUUAAGGCUGUUGCACACCAUGCCGGAACGAUCAUGGCUGAAACUGUACAGCUCAGCCUUCUCCUGCAAAAGAGCCCCGAUGAUCAGUUCGACGUUUCGCUGAACACUCAGCAAACGAUCGUAGAUAAUUUGCAACAGCGUAGGUAUUGA